AAUAUAUUAAAUAUUUAGUUGUUCUAUAUUUUUGUAUGUUUUCUAGAGAGAAUGGCAGCAAGUAAGGCUCUGAAUAUUACUAGACAGGUUAAACCUCUUGUGUCAACUACUCCUCUCGAUGCAAGAGUUCGUGUUUUAAGUCUGUAUAAGGCUUGGUACCGACAUAUUCCGUACAUGUGCAAGGAUUUCGAUAUCCCCCCAUCUGUCGAGGAUUGCAGGAAUGUGCUGAGAUCAAGUUUCAAGAAGAAUUCUCAUCUGAAGGAUAUUAGAGUUAUUGACAUGUUGGUCAUUAAGGGACAGCAGGAUCUGAAGGAAGUAGCAGAACACUGGAAACAGCCGAAUCAUAUAAUGGCUAGAUGGUUUUCUGGCGAGAAUGUGAAGGAGAGACCCAAGGACUUUAUUUCUAAGUUUUUGGCAGGGCAUGAGUAAACAGGAACCUGUUUCAAGUUAGUUAUGAUUAAAUCUUCAGUCUGAAAUAUAUUGAUAAAUUAC